GGUAUCACAGACAUGGUGAAUGCGAACUGUCGAGUAGAUGACCCAGAAUUCGAUGCAGAAAUUAUGGCAGCAAAUAAUCUAAACCAACCAACAAGUACCAGUGAAGAAUUUGCGAUAAAAUCUAUUGAGAACAAAUGUGUAUUUCUAGCUCUCGAGGUUUCAAGACUAGUACUGACUAGUAAAGAAGCACUAGAGUUUGCAGUAAAUAGGCUGAUUAAAAAGAUAAUUAAGACUGGAAAUAUUGAUACAAAAAUUAAAAGAACAGUUAAAAUGGAAUUGAUCAUUAAAGGCCAGAUUACAAAAGAGGAGUUGCUAGUUAUAUCUUCUGUGCUAUCACCGGACUGGGAAAGACAGGAAACGGUUCUUAAUCACUUUGAUGUGCAUACAAGAAGAUCGAAAAGAGGUGACCUUGAAGAGGAUGUGGCAUCAUCUGUAAACUUUGAUCCUCUUUUAACAUGUCAAAGCUGUAGUUCAAAAGACUUGAAAAUAGCAUCAUUGGAGAAGGAGAUAUCAUUCUUGAGACCUAGACUAAGAAGACAAGAGUCACUAAUUUGUUGUCAAUCUUGUCUGGAUAAGGAGAUACCUGCCUUUUACGGUUGUAAAGAAUGCGAUAAGUACAUGUGUGAACUGUGUAAUGCAAAACACAACACUGAUUCAGCUUUUAUAGACCAUAAAACCAAAUACAUUGAUCCACUUAAAUAUAAAGUGAAAGAUACAUAUAAAAUCAGGGGAAUUAAAAUUCAAGACAUAAAAAUGAUAAAUGAUGAACUACUGGUUAUUGCUGAUGGCAAAGGAAACAAAUUAAUCACGUGCCGAAUAGAUGGAAGCGACCGAAUGGAAACAAUGUUACAUAUGAAACCGUUCCGAAUGGCAGCCACGGACGUAGAAACAAUUGCUGUUUCGUUUGGCUCCGAAAUGAAAGUGGGACUUAUAAACGUCACAUCAGGAGAAUCAAUAGAUGAAUUUGACCUAUAUGCGUCAUGUUUUGCAAUAGCAUAUAAUAAUAUGCAGUUGUUCGUGAGUUGUCAAGAGAAAACCAAAGUUAUAAGUGACAGUGAACAUACCGUUCAUGUUAUAAGCAUACACACCGGAGUAGUACAUUAUAAAAUUAACCUCGGCGAUUUCACUCCAGAAAACAUGCUCGUAGGAGUAGACUCUCGUAUGUACUUUACUUAUUAUGGAAACAAGUGCAUAUGCACUGAAGAAACCGGAAGUACGAUAUUUGACGUAGAGGAAGACAAUAUGCGGGGCCCUUGGGGUAUGACAUUUGACGACAACGAUGGCGUUUUAAUCGUGUGUAAUAAGUCUAAAAACGUGCAUAGAAUAAGCACUGAUGGUAAUGAACGCACAGUUUUGUUCAGUUUUCCAUCAUAUAUUAAAGCAACUAGAUCUAGUGCAUAUAUAUGCUGUGAAAAUAUUUCAGGAUCUAUAAUUAUAGGAAGGGGAAAUAAAUUUGUAGUUUUUACAAGACAGUAAUUAAAAACAAAUUUAAAAUAGAAAACAUUUUUAACAAAGAAAACAUUACGGUGCCCUAUAGUUGUUAAUGUUUGUGUUAUUUUGGU